UGCGGGAAACGGUGCUGAUCACUGAACACACACACAACAGCGUUUAUAACCGCCCGGCCUGAUUUAACUCCAGUAUAAAGGAUUUAUUUCCAUCAUGCCGUACGCUAACCAGCCCACGGUGAAGAUUACAGAGCUGACUGAUGAGAAUGUGAAGUUUGUGAUAGAGAACACCGACCUGGCUGUUGCCAAUUCCAUUCGGCGAGUUUUUAUGUCCGAGGUUCCAACCAUUGCAAUCGACUGGGUUCAGAUUGACGCCAAUUCUUCAGUUCUGCACGAUGAGUUUAUUGCACACAGAGUGGGGCUCAUACCGCUCACCAGUGAUGAUAUCGUAGACAAAAUGCAGUACUCGAGGGACUGUACGUGUGAUGAUUUCUGUCCUGAGUGCUCGGUUGAACUGACGCUGGAUGUAAGAUGUACAGAGGAUCAGACUCGUCAUGUGACGUCUCGGGAUCUGCUGUCUAACAACCCUCGAGUCAUUCCAGUGACCUCCAGAAGUCGAGAUAACGACCCCAACGAUUACGUGGAGCAGGAUGACAUUUUGCUGGUGAAGCUUAGGAAGGGCCAGGAGCUCAGACUCCGAGCCUACGCCAAGAAAGGCUUCGGCAAGGAACACGCCAAGUGGAACCCAACAGCCGGGGUGGCCUUUGAGUAUGACCCAGAUAAUGCACUGAGACACACUGUGUACCCCCGCCCUGAGGAAUGGCCGAAGAGUGAGUACUCUGAGCUAGAAGAAGAGGAAGUACAAGCUCCAUACGACCCCACCGGCAAACCAGAAAGGUUUUUCUAUAACGUGGAGUCGUGCGGGUCUUUGAGACCAGAGACGAUCGUGAUGUCGGCGCUUGCAGUGCUAAAGAAGAAACUAAGUGACCUGCAGACGCAGCUGAGCCAUGAGAUCCAGAGUGACGUCCUAACCAUCAACUAAACAUUGGAACAUAGUUCAGGUCUCCAGCAGUGUGUCUACAUUACUAGAGUUUUGUACAGUAGGGAGUUUUAUAUAUUUUUGUUCGAUGUGGGUGGUGGGGACUUUUCAAUUAAUUAAUAAAUAAUGUUUAAAAAAA